AUGCCACGCCGGCUACGCCGCGAAGACUACACCGUAGGAUGGGUGUGUGCGCUGCAUAUCGAACUGGCAGCGGCCCGGGCGAUGCUCGACGAGGAGCACGAAUAUGCCGCCCUCGAAACCAGCGAUAGCGAGGACAACGUAUACUGCUUCGGAUCGGUCGCUGGCCACAACGUUGUGAUCGGGUGCCUACCAGCAGGCCGCAUUGGAACUAACUCAGCCGCAACUGUGGCAACACAGAUGUGUGCAGCGUUCAAGGGCAUCCGGUUCGGCCUGAUGGUGGGCAUCGGCGGAGGCGUUCCCAGCGCAGAGGCAGACAUCCGACUUGGCGAUGUGGUGGUGAGCCAGCCGGAGUGGAGGUUCGGUGGAGUGGUUCAGUAUGAUUUUGGGAGAAGGACGCCGAGUGGGCUGGAGCGGAUUGGGUCACUGAACGCACCACCUCAGAUAUUGCUCAGCGCUGUGACCGGCAUUCGGGCGAACAAAACGUUGGGCAGGAGUACGCUGUCAGACUACCUAUCAGAACUCGAACGCUACCCCGAUUUCCAGCGGCUUAAAGCAGGGCCCGAUCUUCUGUUCAAAGCGGCCUACAACCACGUACGCGGUGACACGUGCGACCAGUGUAGCGUCGAAGCUCGGCAGCCACGACAAGAACGCGAGAGCGGAGCAGAGGUGACGGUACACUACGGCACAAUCGCGUCUGGCAAUCAGGUGAUGAAGGACGCUGCUGAGAGGGACAGAGUCAGUGCAGAGCUUGGUGGGGUUUUGUGCUUUGAGAUGGAGGCAGCGGGGCUGAUGAAUAGCUUCCCGUGUCUCGUCAUCCGCGGCAUUUCCGACUACGCCGACUCACACAAGAACUAUAAGUGGCAGGAGUAUGCGUCAGGGACGGCAGCAGCGUAUGCGAAGGAGCUGCUGUCGGCGAUACCGCCACCAACGGUGAUGAAGGGAAGCCGUGUAGUGGAUGCCAUGCGCAACGGGGAUAAACGUUGCCUGCCGCCAGCAUCUCCUGAUCAAGCUCCCAACAAGCGCACAAAGACUAGCAGAUCUGGUAGCCCGCAAAGUAGUUCUGCAAUGCAGCGAACUGUUCCUAUUCACCCUCAGGAAGCCUCACAACCAUCACGAACAUUGCUGAAUGCUGAACAGAGGCAGAAUCUUCUAGAAUCUCUGAGAUUUGACCAGAUCGAUGCGCGCCAGAUGACCAUCAAGACCGCCCACGCCAAGACGUGCCAAUGGCUCCUGAAAUGCAAGGAAUACGUCAGCUGGCUCGAUACAACUAAGCUAGAAGAACACCACGGCUUCUUGUGGAUCAAGGGCAAGGCCGGGACGGGCAAGUCGACGCUAAUGAAGUAUGCGCUGGUCAAUGCUCGCAAGAUUAUGAAGGACCACAUUGUGCUCUCUUUCUUCUUCAACGCGCGCGGCGAGGAGAUAGAGAAGUCGACAACCGGAACAUACCGGUCGCUGCUGCUGCAGCUGCUCGAGCAUCUGCCGGCGCUUCACAGCGUCUUCGACUCGCUUGGGCUUUCAACAUCGAAGCUCACCGCAGAUCACCAGUGGAAUAUUGAGACGCUGAAGAUGCUGCUGGAGGAAGCCAUCCAGAGCUUGGAAAACUCAUCUGCUGUGUGCUUCAUCGAUGCGCUUGAUGAGUGUGAAGAGGAGCAGGUUCGGGACAUGAUCCAGUUCUUCGAGCGCAUCGUCGAACUCGCAGUGUCGAACGGUAUCCGCUUCCAGGUGUGCUUCUCGAGCAGGCACUACCCGCACGUCACGAUCCGGCACGGGCUGGAGCUGGUGUUAGAGGGACAAAAGGGACACUCACAGGACAUCAGCAACUACGUGGAGACGGAGCUGAAGAUCGGGAAGAGCAAGAUCGAACAGCAGGUCCGAGUAGAGCUUCAAGAGAAGGCGUCGGGGAUUUUCAUGUGGGUUGUACUUGUCGUAGGCAUCCUCAAUAAAGAGUCCGAUCGCGGCAAGGUGCACACGCUCCGACAGAAAUUACGGGAGAUCCCCGGCGACUUGCACAAGCUGUUCCGCAACAUCCUGACGCGGGACUCACACGACAAAGCCGAGCUGGUGCUGUGCAUCCAAUGGGUACUUUUCGCGAAGCAGCCGUUGAGUCCAGAACAGCUGUACCAUGCCAUUUACGCGGGCACUGAUCCUGAGGCGAUAGCAAAAUGGGAUCCUGAAGAGAUCUCAAAGGAUGUCAUCGAAAGGUUCCUUCUCAACUCUUCUAAAGGUCUCGCUGAGGUCAUAGAGUCCAAGGUGCAGAGGGUCCAGUUCAUACACGAGUCAGUUAGGGACUUUUUGCUGAAAGAGAAUGGCCUCGGCAAGGUCUGGCCCGAGUAUGGGAGCAAUUUCCAUGGCCAGAGUCAUGAACGGCUCAAGCAGUGCUGCCUCGACUACAUCAGCAUCGACGUUGCCACGCCUCUGCAGAUUCCCGAUCGGCUUCCAAAAGCGUCUUUGCCGCAGGCAGUCGACUUACGUGAAUCAGCAACAGAAAUGUUUCCUUUUUUUGAGUACGCCGUCCACAACGUGCUGUAUCACGCAGACACAGCAGAAGGCGGAGGCAUGUCGCAGGCAGACUUUCUCGACAGUUUCCCGCUUAUUCGAUGGGUCAAGCUCGACAACGUUUUCGAGAAGCACGAGGUGCGCAGACACACGGAGCGCGUCAGCCUGCUGUAUCUGCUGGCUGAGCUGGAUAUGGCAAACCUUAUUAGAGUCCUCGGUUCAGCUAGCUGCUGCAUGGACGUUGAGGCAGAGCGCUACGGCAGUCCUCUUUUUGCUGCAGCAGCUACGAGCAGCGAGAAGGCUGUGGUAGCGUUUUUGGAGGCUAUCGAGGUGCCGCAAGCCGACAGCAACCCUGUCGCGGCAGAAGGUGAACAACAGUCUACGCGCAAGUCGGGUCAGCGCACUGCAAGACGUGACUUCAAGUACUCGAAGGCAAAAGAUUAUCUCCUGAAUGCGGCAGAGCUAGGGCACGACGGGAUUCUUGCGCUUUUGAUCAGAUUGGGGAGAUUCAGGCUUGAUUCGAAAGAUUCGAGAGAUAGGACCGUGCUGUGGUGGGCUUCUAAGAAUGGCUGUGAGACGUCAGUGAGGCUGUUGCUUACGGCAGACCCUGCCAUGGUCCACAGCAAGAGUAAGGACGGCAAGACUCCGUUGUCUGUAGCAAUCGAACAGGGUCACCAAGAGGUGAUUGAAGUGCUUCUGGAAGGGAAUAGCGACAUCGAUGCGAGUGCACGCCACGGUAACGCACUGUAUACAGCUUCAGCUAGUGGCAGCAAAGAGAUAGCAAUACUGCUGCUUGACAAAGGCGCCAACGUCAACGCGCAGGGUGGACACUACGGCAACGCACUGCAGGCGGCUUUAGCUAAAGGCUACAUCGCAAUGCUACUACUCGACAAGGGCGCCGACGUUAACGCGCAGGGUGGAUUCUACGGCAACGCACUGCAGGCAGCUUUAGCCAAAGGCUACAACGACAUUGUGAUGCUGCUGCGUGAUAAGGGCGCACUGCGGGCGGCUUCAGCUGGAAGCCACACAGACAUUGAGACGCUGCUGCGGGAACACGGCGCAUCAAGAUCGUCUCGAUAG